AUGACGCUCUCACCGCUGACGCCAGUGGACUCCAAGCUCAACCACUGGCGCCACGAGCAUGCGAAAGAACAGAAGCAGGGUUUGGAUGAUGACGAUGCGGAGGAGAAGCAGCAGCACCAGCGCCAGUGCCAGCGGAGCCCAUUAAGCCCCGAAUCGUCUGUUAAGCGACGUCGCUUUGCUGAGGACUUGUGCAAGACAGAGAAGGCCUCACUUCUACCAACAUUUUAUUUAGGAGACCAUGACGUGUUUGAGGUGUCUGCGAAAUUAGAAAAUGAUUUCAUGGGCGCCGCUUUGCCGGGGGAGUGGAGCAGCAACAUAUGCUACGCCCCGUGCGACAUGCCAGACCGCCUUGCGGACGCCUCUGCAACGGCUAUGAUUAUGACCCGCUCCAGCAAGCUGCUGCGCGUGUCCGACAUGGGCGAAGUGACACAGGUCUUCAAGGAGCCUGCACCGCUGGUGCUGCCCGUGUCGGCCUCGCCUGACCAAUGCGCGGAGCAGCCCAAUACGCAGAAGGACCCUAAGACGCCAUGCACGCCGGUGGAGAACAUCAUCCCGUGCUCCUCGGCCCAGACGCCGCGGUGGACACCAGUACCGCAGACGCCGCAGAAAUCCGCGAGGCGCCCUCCGACGAGGCUUAUGACGCCCUCAACACACCGCCGCAUGUCGUCUGUGUGCGAAAUGAGUGUGGAGUCACGCGAGGCCCCUCUGGAUACCGCGCUGCCCACCAGCCACAGGGACCAUCUCCCGCCUAACAAGAACCCGUACUCGCCGUACCACAGCUACGCGGAGGAGUGGUGCGCCACGCUUCCGCUGGAGAUGGAGGAGGCGACGCUGGUUCACGCUGGCGAAAAUUUGCGGCGGCGCGGCAUUACUUCGCCAAUGUCCGCUACGAAAUCUGAGCCGCGUGUGCCUCAACGCCCCGAUUUGUGUGUUGUGAUGUACUCGCAAACCGUUCAAGCACCAGAGGUAUCAUCGCCACGGCUGUGCAUCUCGCCAUUCUCCCUCGGAGGUCAACGAGUAAAUGACACCCCCGGCACCUUCCACACCGAGAUGUGUCAUGGAGCCGAAGUUAACUCCACCAUUGCUGUCGAACCGGAGUGCUCGCUGCUUGAGACGGCCCUAAGCGAGGUUGACGGGGAUGGAGGCAGCCCACCUCGAAUUUUAAUCAAUCCCUGUGAUGUUUCGGUCGAUGCAGAUGUGGCGAGCUGCUCAAGAUACACCGAUGCUAUUCUCCAACCAUUGCGAGAGGAGGAGAUGAGGAAUGAGGCAGCGCCGCUGUCGGCGUCACGAACCAUCUUAUCGUGGGAGGUGUCGCCACUGCCGCUGCGGAGUACGCGCAGUUUUCAUGAUUCGCACCGUCGCACAGAUGAGUAUGCCUUACCACAUCUCGCGUCGUCCAUCACGAGCAGCGUGCCAAUGUGGGGUUCCUCUGUUGGGCUAACCACAAAAAGAAACCCAACCGGUGGGCAGAUUGCUCCUUGUCACACUGUGGUGCCUACUACUGUCACUGAGGGGGAGAAUAUGCAUACGUCUCACUCAGCAAACUGUGUCAAACCGUUGCCUGAUCGGACAUGCUCCAGUAGUCCCUCACCAGUCUUUAUUUGGGCCAACAGCGACUACCCAACGUGUUUCGCGGAGGAUGAUACAGAAGCGGAGGGAGAGGGAGAGAACAGUGACGAGGAGGAGUGCGAGCCUGGCGAUCGAUUCCGCAGUCACCACCGCUAUCAGUUCCAGCACUGGCUUCCGUGGAAAAAUACGCAUGGCUUUCUUCCUAUUCACCUCGAUCGUAACGGCAUCGUGUGGCUAGCCACGCACCGUACAGAUGGUCUUCCGUACGCAGUGAAGGAGGUUCCACAGACACAAAAAGCUUCCUUGCAGACAGAACUACAGUGUUUAACACUUGGAAAUGCUCCUAUGUCGGCGCUGCAGCAACAGGCAGCGGAACACAUUACUCGAUAUUACACUGUGUCACCAUACUGCAUUGUCUCAAGUGACUCACGCGACGACGUGGCUUUUCUCUUGCAGACAGAGUACUUUCCGGGAGGAAAUGUAAUGGAAUGGGCACUCGACCCGCAAGGCCGUCGGGGUGCCAUGCACAACGUUCCAGAGGAGAGCUUCUGGUGCUGCGUCCUUCAACACGGCCUGCUGGCCUUAGAAGCCCUGCAUGCUGCCCGAAUUGUACACGGCAAUCCACUUCCAUUUAAUAUGUUCAUCUACGUCCCAGGGCAUUACAAGCUCGGCAGCUUCGGAAGCUCCGUGAAGUCACCGAGUGCGUACCCUACAGGAACCCCAAGUGCGUUGUUGCCGCCCAACGAGGACGGGAUGUCGUUAUUGACGCCGUAUGAAGUGGAUGUGUUUGUCUUUGCCUCCGGUAUGCUGCAGCUGCUUGGUCACUGCAUUGCGAAGCGUCGAGACUGUGCUAUGGCGAGUGACCCACAUUCAUUGAAUAUGGAAUGUCCCCGGGCUGAUUUAUUCACGACACGAGAUAACGACAUCUCCUUCGCUUCAUAUCGAGAAAGCCGUGCGAAAGGGUACCACAACCUAUCCGACCACCUGUGGGGUAUAUUUCAGGCCGCCCUCUGUGGAAAGACGCUGCGUGUUCUCUUGAAGAUGUUAGACACGCCGACGCGUUCGCUCUGGGCAGCGCGUGCCUUGUUGGAAACUGAGAAGCGUCGCCUACUUCAGCGCAAGAACAUGCUGCAGAAGGCGCUGCUAACACACAGCCACGGCAAGUCACGAGAGAAAGGUGCACCAGAGGAUGCUCAACACGACCGCGAUGAUUCUUCCGCGUCAACUCUGCGGGGAUCCCUCGGCAGUGCUGCCUCUUUGUGGUCGUCCGUGCGGCAGAAGUGCACAGCUGAAGCUGGGCCGCAGCAGAAACAGCAGCCGUUCAUGUCUCCAGUACUGCUGCCAAGGCCCUCCAGUGCCGCCUCGCGACGCUUAGCGCCUGACACCAAUCAUAGCGGUGUUCUGCUGGGCUCGCAAGGGGCGACCACAUCUGUGUGUGGGAAAGACGAUGUGGAUUGCGGCACCUCCCACCGUCCGUCGAGAACGAUGAGCUCAAUCAAUAAUAUGCCUCCACCACUUGUGUGGGAUUUAUCUGUUCACUCACCCUUGUCCACUUUUUGCACGGCGAAGAACUUGAACAGCUUAAAACAGGGUCCGGGUGGUUUUCGAUAUUUUCGUGAUGGGGAGGCCGAUUUUUUCUCCGUGGAGGGAACAACAUGCAGUGGAUUAUGUUCCCGUCCAAGGUCGAGAGUCGGAGCUGCUCCUCAGUCUGAUGGUAAACAACACCGGAUGGAGGAGAAUCUGUACUGGAAUGUACGACAGAUUAUGGCGGUGAUGGGCUGGCUAAACGAGUCGAAGGAAGGCGCUGUGCUUCAGGGAAAGCAGCUUCAUGCUGGGGAAUUACUUUCCACACCGCAGUGCAUCGUCAGACCCCUCACGUCAUGGGAGUAG